AUGGCAUCAAAGAAUGUUUUCAUCACUGGCACCACCGGUUUCAUCGGCGGUGACGCAUUUUAUGCUUUGACCAAGGCUCAGCCAAGCUGGAAAUAUACUAUCCUUGUGCGAAGUGAGGAGAAGGGCAAGGAUGUUCAGAAGCAGUAUCCUGAUGUGAAGCUGGCCAUCGGAUCACUCGAUGAUUCCGAAGUUAUCAAGAAGGCUGCUUCAGAAGCCGAUAUCGUCAUUCAUACUGCUGACAGUUCGGAUCACGCUGGAGCAGCACGAGCCAUUGGAGCCGGCUUGCAGUCUACACACUCCGAGUCCAACCCUGGCUAUUGGAUUCACAUUAGUGGCACAGGAAUUCUCUGCUGGUAUGACCAAGACAACAAGCGCUACGGUGAAGAACCCCUCCCAGAGCAAUCAUACGAUGAUCUCGAGGGUGUCGACAAGGUCACGUCUCUGCCCGAUACCGCCUUCCAUCGCGACGUCGACAAAAUCGUUCUGGAAGAGGCUGCAAAGAACCCCGAUGCUGUCAAGGUUGCUAUUGUCUGCCCUCCCACAAUCUACGGAACAGGCCGGGGGCCUUCCAACCAACGUAGUCGUCAAAUCCCAGGAUUGGCUGAGACGACUCUGGAGAAGGGCUUCGGGCCUAUCAUUGGGGCCGGAAAGACAGAAUGGGACAAUGUCCACGUCCAUGAUCUGUCUAGUCUGAUCGUCAUUCUUUCCGAGCGUGCAGCAUCUUCCAACAACCAAAACGAACAAGACAUCUGGGGUCCCAAGGGUUAUUUCUUCGCCGAGAACGGUACACACAAGUGGAGCGAAAUUUCUACUCUUCUUGCCAAGGAGGCUAAGAAGCAGGGUCUCAUCGACAAUGAUGAGACAAAGGUGCUUGAUGUGGAUGAGGCACAGGAGAAGCUUGGUUUCCAGGCUCUAUCGUGGGGAUUAAACAGUCGUGGUGAGGCAAAGAGGGCGAGGAAGUACUUGGGUUGGAAGCCCGUGAGUCCCAGUUUGGAGGAGUGGUUACCUGAGGCGAUCCAGGUCGAGGCUCAACGACUGAAGAAGAAUUAA